CAGUCAAAUCGAAAGUAAUCAGCGCGAAAACAAAGUCGGUAGUGCGUUAUCAUUAGAGAAUGGAAUCAGUGCGUAAAGCCAAACAGAGGCUACGCAACUAUCCCGUGCUGCUGGGUAAAUGCGCUGAUAAAGCAGCAGUCUAUGCGGCAUGUGUGACACGAGAUUUAAAUGUGCAGCAUCAUAUUUGCGAUAAGGAAUUCCAACAGUUCAGUGAAUGCUUACAGAAAGCAGCAAAGGAAAUGAAAACGAAAUUGUAAACUGAUUUAUUUAUUUAGAUA